AUGCUACUCUCCACAAACAUCCUACUCAGUAUCAUUCUCAUCGUAACUCCUUCGCUCACCUCACCUAUACUGCCUGGGCCAGGACUUCCGGCAAUUGCAAGUAACAGCUCAGCACCCUCCUCCUCUUCCUUCUCCUCGGACGUGCUCAAUACUGUGAUCCAAACCAUCAGCUCCCAAAUCGACUCUGAGUCUCCACCAGGCUCACCAACUAAAGGCCUCAUCAGAUCCCUCCCCAUCUAUCAGUCCGGUUGGAUCUCAGCAUCGACCUACAAUACACUCAUCAAUUACUGGCAUCUCACGCACCAACAAGGACAAGAGCAAAACGCCCAACCCGUUCCGGUCUCGCCUAUUGCUGGCGCACCUGUAGCUCCCUCACCGGACCCGUUCACGUUCAGUCUCUCAAGCUCUAUCCUCGCGCAAGCGGGUCCUCAAGGAGAUUUCUCUGGCGCUAUCAGUCCUGGGAAUGACGAUCAAUUAUGGUGGGGCCUUACCACUAUUUCCGCAGCAGAAUAUGGACUUCCUGGUUGCGAGAACUGGCUUGACCUUGCGAAAAAUGUGUUCAAAGCUGUAAUCGAUCGUUGGCAAGGAGACAUGUGUCCCUCCGCUGCUGAAUCCGGAAAAGGCGGACUUGGCUGGCAAAUCGACACAGCAAAGGAUGGCUACCAUUACAAAAACGCCAUCACAAACGGUUUGGCAUUUCAAUUAGCCGCAAGACUGGCCAAAGCGGAAGCAUCUGGUUAUACAACGAACUUCUACCUUGACUGGGCGAAGAAAUUAUGGGAUUCUGGCUUCGGGAGUUUGAUCAAUGAGGAAUCAUAUAAAGUCUUCGAUGGUGUGCACGCACCCGAGUGUGCGAAAGCUGCGGAAGAGGAAUGGAGUUAUAAUGUCGGAGUCUGGAUGGGUGGGUGUGCGGUGAUGCAUCAGUUAUCGACUGAUGGCAGUACUGAUGAAGACUGGAAAGGCCGGGCUUGCAAGUUUGUGGAUAGUGCGAUUGCGACUUUUACGAGGAAUGGAAUCUUGUAUGAGCCAAGAUGUGAAGACGAAGGGAAAUGCAACGACGAUCAACAGACUUUCAAAGCAGCGUUGGCGAGGUGGAUGGGUUUGACAGCGACAUUGGUUCCUGAGACCAAGGAUAAAAUCAAAGCGGUCUUGGAGGCGAGUAAGAAUGCGGCUUUGACGACUGUACAAGCCAGUCCAGGCAAGAAUCAAGCGAGUUUGAAGUGGUCUCAAAAGGAUGGUGGAGGAGUGGGAUAUGAUGCGAAGACCGCAAACGGAGUAGGAGCACAGUUGGGUCUUGUGGAACUUUUGGUGCAGAGUCAGGGGUUGUAA